UUGCUUAACACAUCAAGAAGUCCACACCCAAAGAGGAAUCAGAUUUAAGGUCAGAAAUCUUACUCUGACACUUUACAGCUUAUAAUUUAUAUUAUAUUAUUAUUAUUAAAAAAAAAGUUAUAAGUGUGUGAUUUGUGGACGAGUGAAAAUGUCAGAGAACGUGGACCCUUUUCACUGUGAUGAUGUGUUUCCAAAGUUUAACAACAUCAUACAGUUUUUCCUAUUGCAAAUUUUUAUGUAAUGUUGUAACAGUUGACUGGAACAAACUAACCUACAGCGGUUACAUGAACCAAGCUAGACCCAAGGAGCAAAGGCAACAUGAGGGCUACUUACAGUAUAUCAAACAAUAGGGGGUCACAUGACAUAAACCAACCAAAGAAAUCCUGACACAUACAAAGGAACCAACGAGAACAAGACACAUAAACCAAACAACCAAUAGCAGGAUCACAUUAGGGCAAGGGAAACACAUGACACGACAGGAACCAUGACUAUGAACAAAACAUUUAUAAGACAGCACUUUGUGUUAUAUUACUUUACAUUAAAUUAUAGAAACUUAGUUAACCUAAUACUACUGUAUGACUGUUUUAUAAUACAACAACUGAUGGCAAAUUUGACAUCUUUCUGUCUGUAAUCAAUGUCUCAAUGUUUUUUUCCUAUUUUGGAUAGGAAUCAGUUAAACACUAUCUUUAAUUUUUUUUUUUCUUUCUCUAUUGGAAACACACUACACUAAAUGAAGGCACAAACUGAUCAAAUGUAAACCUUCAAUGCAAUUUAUCACUUUUUAGAUAAAAAUAUCUGUCAAUUGUAAAAUGCCUUUAUUACUUUCAGGAUACCAUGAAAGUCUCAAUAAUUAACUCGCAAUUGAAUGAAUGCAAAACAAAAAGUUCCUACCCUCCAUCACUCUGUGUUUUGACAGAACUUACUAAGUUAAGGAUCUUUGGUCUGUAAUAGAUGGCUACACAGAACAUAAACUUCAUCACCUGGAAUGUUAAUGGACUUAAAACAGAGAGCAAAAAUUUCAAGAACUACAAAAUGCAGACAUUGCUUUCUUACAGGAGGCACACAUCGAAACAUAAGACGAACAUAUAGAAGACUAUAAAGAUGAAUGGCAUAUUUUCUACACAAAGUACACCUCCUCCAGCAAGGGAACAGCCAUACUAGUGAGGAAGAGACCAGAUUAUGAACACACUGACCAUGUAUGCAGUUGUUACUCUGCUGGACUCAGAUGAGGUGAUGGUGGCACCAUCACAUUGGUUGAUCCUAGACAAGAAACAAUGUUACUGGCCCCCAUUCAAAUCAACAGAGAAGUGCAUGGAAGCUGUUCAGAACAGAAUUACAGCUGAAACAGGAGGGAAACCAUGGGAUAAAUUAAAUAUUAGCUUUCACAAAGAAUAUGUUACUUUCGAUAAGGCAAAAGAGGGGCAAAAAGAAGUUAAAGAAAAGAAAGAACGGUCAUUUCUACUAGCCACUGGAUUCUCUGGAAUGCUAAAAAGACAAAGACUUGAAAGCACUCAAGAAAUGUUAAAACAUCAACAUCCUCUUGCACCAACUGCAUCUACAUCCAGAAUGUCAGCUGAUGACAAGAAUGAGCUCCUCCAAAUGAUGAGAGACAUCAAGUUCACAGUUCAAGAUAACAAUGUUAUGUUAAAGAAACUACUCAAAGACAAUACAGUUCCUGAGGUCCCCAGCAGUACCAGCAUUCCUUCUAAAGACGAUGAAACAAACCUAAAUCUGCCUCUUAGAACCCUUGAAGAUGUGGCCAGGAUUGAAAGAGAGCUCAACGAUGCAACAACACGCCAAAAAUAUGUAAAAUAUCUGUCAAGGAUUAGAGGUUUUGGGCAAAAGGACGUGAUGAAGAAUAUUAUGCACAAAGUCCUGUUAGACGAUCUGGCUAUACAGUUUAACUGGCAGGGGAGAGGAGAUAAAAAGCCCUUUGCUAAGCUUAUUUUAACAGAUGUGAUCAGAGAUGCUGCAUCAAAACAAAGUCUCAUGAGGGAAGACUGUGAUACUGAAAUAAAAAAUUAUUUGUGGUCUAUAGCUGAUCGAAUCGGUCGGAGGAGACCAAGAGAUUAUGGAGCACCUUCAGGUAUGACCUUUCCCACACCGCUGGACAGUGUCUUCCAGUCAGAGAUUGGAAUGUAUUUUACUGAUGAAUGAGUUUUAGUUCAUGUAAGCUUAACUGCCUUUACAUUAGACAUUAAUUUUGUGAAAAUAAUGUGUGCACUAAUUGAGCUUGCCACUGUGUACUUCAUAUAUUGGCUCUUGAGAAAAUGCUUAUAAUACUGUUAAUUUUUAAUCAGUGUAAAUGUAUAUGGUUAGGGUUAGGCUAGGGCUUUUAUAUUGUUGUAAGAUAAGAUAAGAUCCAUCAACAUUUAGCUGACUGGAAGAAAUAAUGAAAUACUGUGGUAUCACUGCAUGCAUGGACAGGUUUUCAGUUGUGGCAUUAUAGUAGUGGCUUUAUUUGCCUGAUCCAAUGAGGUUCCUUUCCUCAAUAUCAAAUACUCAAAUGCAAUUAGUUAUGGUGUUCAAUCCAUAGGCUAUUUCUUCCUUUUCAAUGUAACAUAAAUAAAAUGUAAUGAUUUCAUUCAAAAUAAACCAUACCUGCACAUAACAUUUAUCUUGAUUUUGCCUUUUUUUUUUUUUUUUUUGCUCUUACAAUAGUCUUAGUGAAAUUCUAGUGACAAAAAUGAGAUGACAAAAGAUGACAAAAAUAUUACUAUUGGAUAUCAUUGCAGUAGGGGAAUCUUCAACUGAUGCACAACUGCACGGGGAAUUAACUUUUCUUUUACUACGGGGCCGUUGAAUGCUUGAAUCUGAUUGGCUGACGAACGUUGUAAGGUGUGCAAUUAUUUUCAAGGAAACGCACGGCGAACGUAGUUCCAGGCAGGUCUUGACCGCAUUACAUUACCAUAUCACUUCGCCAAAUGAUUUCUGUUAUUUCAAAGGUCUUUCAACAGAAAAAUAACCAAACCCCACAACACACUGGCCAAACAAAUAAAUAUAGUAAACAAAAGGAUAAAAACGACAGAUCACGUCCAUGUUUUUGCCACAAAAUUAGGCUUUAUUAUGUACAGAAAGCACAUACUCUAUCUCUCCCGCUCUCUCUCCCUCACAGACCGCAUACAUAACAGUUACAGUUUACACACAUACUAACAUACAUCGCGCUAAUGUUGUUAGCGCUACUCUGACGAUUUUAUCAGUAAACAAAUUAAAAACUACAUGAUUUCUCACAAGCGAGGUAACAACAUCGGUGCUGUUCGUGAACAAAAGGAACUAAGUUUCACUAUAACUAGACAUUGCUGCCGAACACUAUUGCAGGUAAUUCUCUCUCUCUCUCUCUCUCUCUCUCUCUCAUAACUUAGUUAUUAACUGUAUGAACUGCAUUAUUAGUCUGUUAUCAACGUUUCAAGCCUCCGUUACUAGGUUUAAAAUGACGUUUUGGAAUUAGCAACAGAGGCCUUGGAUGAGAUGGGGAAGAAAUAAUCCUACUCACAAUAGCGAUUUAAGUAGAAAUAAGUUACCGGACGAAUGCCUUGAAAUAUAUCAUCCGAUCGAUGAGGUGUGGCAACCGUAGUAUAAGCUGAAUAAUUGACUUCGGUCCGUUGGAAUUAAGCAAAAAAUUAAAAAAUUAAGAGUUAUAUAAGUAAUAUAAGUAACACUUAUGUGAAUGUAUGUGGCGUUGUACAGUACAUAGAGACGGCGGCGCCAGAACUGCAGCUGAUAGAAAGUACGAUACUACGAUAUUUCUUCAAAAAAGCAGAUCGUGGAGACAUUUUUAUAGUCCACGAUCAAAAAUCUCUCAUAUCGAACACCCCUACCCUCGGCAGAAAUCGCAGACUGGGGCACCGGACCGCAAGGUAGUGAUGGGUCGUUCUUGAACGAUUCGUUCUUUUUGAACGAAUCUUUAAUGUGACUCGGGAAGAACGAGUCGACUCGGAGAGUGAUUCGUUCAGUCGCGCAUGCGCAACAUCCUAUAGGUUCUGCACUGAAUUAGUUCACCUGUUUUGAGUCGUUCGUUCAUCACGUGACAGCCCCAUAAGCGUAACCAGUCAGAGCCGGAAAGAGAAUUGAUUAGUUCGUAUCCCCAGUCUUCCGGUUUGAGGCAUUCGUUCAUCACGUGACAGCCCCAUACGCGUAACCUAUGCAGUCUGAGGCACUAGCAUAGCCAGAAAUGUUUAAGUGGGUGGGCCUACAUAAAACUGGCUGGGCCAAGUGUCUAGCUUAUGAAAACUGCAUGUCAAAUUGCCAACAAAGAAUACAGCACCAAGGUUCAUUACACAGUACUUCUAAAGCAAGCUUUAACAUUAGUAAUUUGUUAUGUUAAUGCUCAUUUCAAAAUGUACUAAUAGGACAUUAUUAAAAUUAAAAGUUGUAUCAAGUUAACAAGUUGUAAGUUGUUAACGUUUGCCUGAGCUAAGGUUAACAAAGAUAAAUAAACACGGUAACAAAUGUCUUGCUAAUCCUUUCCACAAAGGACGCAUCUGUUUAGCGGAUCAAACACUGUACCUAUGCUAAUAUGAUGUUUCAAACACGCUUGGUUCAGAAGUUUCCGAUCGAUAAAUCCAGCACCCUCAGGUGGUCUGUCGGGUUUCAUUUGUAGA